AUGGCCGACUCCAUAGCGAGCAUGGUGGUUCAGUGUGCAUUGCACGGGAGCUUAUCGAUCCACGACACGGUGGUCGAGAGGAGGCCGUAUCACCGGAACUGCGAGUGUGCACUUCAUAAGCUGAAAGAUGGUAAAUAUUCCGGCGUAUGGUGCUCGGAGAGGAACCUAUCGUUCUCGAAGAAGGCGAGAGGAUCUUUGGCCAUGUCGGCCUCGUCUGCUGAUCGAGUUAAUUCAUGUGUGGUUUUCGUUGGUACUUCUCGUCGGUGA